ACGAACGACUGUCUUUGAAUACAGUAUAUGCUUUGGACUAGCUAACCGACUUACCGGACUUGACUUAACUUACCAAAAUGGCAAUUUUCCUCGAGAUUUUGAGCUGGACUACUAUGUUUCUGCUCUUUCUGAUGUUCAUAUUGUUUCUUGGUUACUGCUUGUAUGUUAAUCACAUUCAUAUGAAAUAUGACCACAUACCUGGGCCACCGAGAGACAGUUUUCUCUUCGGACAUGCAGCGACGUAUGUGAGGGCAAUGAGGAGUGGAGAAAUUAUACACGACAAAUUCCUGGAAUGGGCUGAGAACCAUGGGCCUGUUUGCAGGCAAAAUUUCCUGCAUUACGUUGUACUCCUUGUGACCUGCCCAGAGGGAACAAAGGAGGUCCUGAUGUCCCCAAAGUAUCCCAAAGAUAGAUUCUUCUACAGCCAAAUCUUCAACCUGUUUGGUCAAAGGUUCCUAGGUAAGGGCCUGGUUACAGCACAGGACCAUGAACAGUGGUAUAAACAGCGCCGGAUCAUGGACCCGGCAUUCAGCAGUUUGUAUUUGAGAGGUCUAAUAGGCACUUUCAAUGAGAGGGCAGAGAAACUGAUGACUACACUUUCGGAUGUCGCUGAUAACCAGACAGAGGCCAGCAUGCUCCACCUAGUCAACUUUCUUACCCUUGAUGUCAUUGCUAAGGUUGCUUUUGGUGUGGAUUUAGAGCAGCUGAAGGAUAGGUCACGUUUCCCUAAAGCCGUCCAGACAUGUCUGAAAGGGAUGCUCGUCACUGUCAGAGACAGCUUUUACAAGUUCAACCCAAAGAACAGAGCAUUCAUUAAAGAGGUGAGGGAAGCGUGCCACCUGCUGCGCACAACUGGAGCUCAGUGGAUUCAGGACAGAAAGACUGCAAUGGAAAACGGCGAUGACGUUCCCAACGACAUCCUCACACAGAUCAUCAAAACAGCUGGCAAAGAGGAAAGCAUGACUGAAGAAGAUGAAGAGUUAAUGUUGGAUAAUUUUGUGACAUUUUUCAUCGCGGGCCACGAAACAACAGCUAAUCAACUGGCUUUUUGCAUCAUGGUACUUGCAAGACUUCCUGAUAUACUGGAGAAAGUGAGGAAAGAGGUGGAUGAUGUCAUUGGGAUGAAACAGGACAUCACUUGUGACGAUCUGGGGAAGCUGAUCUACCUCUCACAGGUGCUUAAAGAGACUCUGAGGAUCUACCCAACGGCUCCAGGAACAUCUCGGGAAAUACAGGAAGACAUUGUCAUUGACGGUAUCCACAUACCUGGGGGAGUCACGUGUUUUUUCAGUUCCUAUGCGACUGGGAGAAUGGAUAAAUUCUUCAAGGACCCGCUGACAUUUGAUCCAGACAGAUUUCACCCAGAUGCUCCCAGGCCUUAUUACUGCUACUUCCCCUUUGCCCUCGGUCCACGCUCAUGCCUGGGGAAGAACUUUGCUCAGAUGGAAGCUAAAGUGGUUAUGGCCAAGCUGCUCCAGAGGUUUGACUUCACCCUUUUGCCUGGACAGAACUUUGACCUGGAAGACUGCGGCACACUCAGGCCAAAGAGUGCAGUGGUGUGUUCUGUCAGACACAGGAAUCGUGAUAAAUAGGUGGUCACAUACCAUUACCAUAUAAUAUAAGCAGAAUCCAUAAAAUGGCCCAUGCGGUGAAAUUGGGUUCUUUGGUUGCUUAGACUAGCCCACUGCCUACAGCGUCUCCUGCCUCAGCCAAAAGCCUCUUAUGCUGCAGAGUUCUUUCAUUCCUAAUUGUUUAUUUAGCCUUUAUAAAGAUAAAAGUAUCAGCUGUGCUUGUUUUAUUGUUAUAAACAGUAUAUCCACGAUAAGGAGGAUAUGGGAAAACAAAAUAACUACUUCUUGAGUAUCAUCAGCAGUUUAAUCUUGGUGGAACUAACCCGUUAUAUAAGUGUAACAAAAUGUAUUAUCUGCUUUGUUUUUCACCUAAAUAAAGUGAUGUU